AUGGUACGAUUGACGAUAACACCCGCCUUAGCCGAAGGUCAACAGAAGCUGGCUGAGGUCAGAUUCGGACGGCGAAUCGCGGCGACACCAGAGGACACAGAGCAGGAAACCACAGCAGGUACUGUCAGCAAGACUGCGGCGACAGCCAAAGCCGAAGAGCCGACUCUUGGCGAUUAUGUGAUCGGAGACCCCAUCACGCACAACCAGAUAUUAGAUUUGUGGAAAAGUCUGAAGACGGAAGGCAUCGAGGGAUUCGGUUUGGAGGGACUGUUGCGAGGCGCCAGGGUCUACACACCCCCGCCACCUCCGAAGCCUGAACCAUCCGCCGAGUACAAAGCCCUGAUGGCCCGCCUGCGACGCGAGGAAGAAGAACGAACAUACCAGCGAAUGAUGAAGCAACCGUCCCGAAUGGAGGCCUUUUCCCAGCAGUUUCCCAGCGCCGCUGCCCGAGCACACGCCUUUGCCGAAGUAAACCGCCCUAUGAACGAAGCAGACAAUGGCGAUGACGAAGUGACGCUCGGGGACGUGCAGAAGCAGAUGAUGGUCAUUCUCAACUUUCUUAUAAGCAUCAUUGGUGUCGCGGCCACCAUCUGGAUAGCAGCUCGAUGGUGGAAUGUCACUGCUCGAAUAUUCUUGACGCUUGGAGGCGCCAUUCUAGUCUUAAUAGCAGAGGUCGCCGUGUACUCGGGCUAUGUUUGGAGGAUAGGGGAGGCCAAGUCCAAGACGAAAGAACCGGAAGAAAUCAGAGAGGUGAUGCAGUCAUGGGUGCUUGGUAAGGAGAGCAAGGGCGGGCCAGCCGGAGAAUCGACUAUCCUUCUUGAUACGAAAUCGCAAGAUACAGACGAAGGCAUACGGCGAAGACUAAAGGGGCUCUCCCAGCGGUCUGGACCCGAUUCUACAAGAACAACAGCCAACAAGAGACGAACCCUCAAAACUUACAGCAAACGCACGCGCGCCGCUGAUGAAGAAGUCGGCUCUCUCCUGUUCAAGAAGCGCAAACCCGAGAUCGAACCAGCAACGCGGACGCCAGACCUCCCACGGCUUCCUCCCGCUCAAUCUGCACCGCCACCAAGCAGUAUACCCAAGAGUUCGAUCCUAAGCUACUUCAAACCCUGCCGAUCAAGCUCGGCCACUGAAGCCUCCGACCCCUUGUCCGACUCGGAAAAGCUGGUCAACACCCCGCCUUCAUCACCUCCCGUUUUCAGAAAGAUCAAGGAACCCCGUCGUCUGAGGCUACGACACAGCACGCCACUGUCACAUUCGUCGGACCCUUUGGAGGGUGAGAAGGACGAGAUUGAAGAAAGUUGUAUUGUUGUCGGACGGAAACCACGCCACGCUCGCAGGACGAGGGCACGAGGCGCCCCAGAGCUGCAAGAUGCCGACGAAAACAAACUGAACGAGCUUCCCGACCUCGGAAAGAUCGAAAACCAGGCUAGGCCGAAGAAACCUCCCUCCCGAUCAAAGCCUGUUCCGACUGUUCAGACGACCAUCAAUCUCUCGUCGAAACCUACUUUUAUGGAGUGUAAGACAUGCCGGAUCGUGUACAACCCGCUGCACCCGGCAGACGUAAAAUACCACGCUCAACGGCAUGCAGCCUUCCUUCGGGGCAGGUCGAAGAAAGCAUGA